UAUUGAUGGAAGCUGCAAAUCGAGGGCAGCGAAGCCUGACUGAUAUAGUGUUCUCUUGGUCUCUACAAGACGUGAUGAAUAAAUAUUUGUACACCCACAAGGUUAGAGAAAUCCCAGAAGCGUUCUUGGGAACAGAGGAUUACCUGAGCUCAUUCAUGCAUCCACUUCUGGAAGAAACGCGUGCCGACUUAUGCGCAAACAUGACAAGCUCACUGCGCCAUGCCCCGUCCUGUGAGGUCUUCGACGUGGUGGGUCCCGCCAAAGAUGUCGAAACUCGUCAAAGGCUCUUUUCUGGCAGUCUCUCGUUGAGCAGAGGAAGCAGAGAGGAAGAUGGUUACAGCUACGAGAUUUGGUUCCGUCGAGAGAAGGAUGAUGGUGGUGUUCAUAAGACUGAAGUGUGUUAUAAACCGCAGUCAGGGGAUUUAAUCGCCUUCUCCGAUGUGAGGCCCAGGCGAAUCGAGGAUCUGAACAGACCAAAGAUACCUUUCCUCUUAGCUGUGGUCAAAGGCAUGCCAGAAGAUGAUGAGGAUGACGAUGAAGAUGAUCAAGAUUUAGGUUGUUUCCCCGUAUCGUCAUCAAAGCCUAUAAACUUUGAAAGACAUUCUGAGGAGGAUGAGAAGAAGAAGGAUCAGAUUAACAAGGAAGACAAACUUUUUGUUGUUUAUCUUACCAAUUUGACAACAAAUACUCGCAUAUGGAACUCUCUGAACAUGAACCCCACCUGUGCAAGCUUAGACAUAAUCAGAACAGUCCUGCAACGGAGUGUUCCUCCAAAUGAACGGGCGCGGGAUGAAGGAACUUGUGCAACUUGUACCCUUAAAGCAGCCGAUGAUGGUGAUGAAGAUGAUAGUUUGUUGAAGGCUAAGACUGCCAUUCAGCCAUUUGGAUUGGAUCACUCCCAGGAAGAGGCUGUUUUGAGCUGCAUAAAAGCUAGAGAAUGCCAUUGUCAAAAAAGUGUGAAGCUGAUAUGGGGUCCACCGGGGACUGGGAAGACAAAGACACUUGCGUCGUUGUUAUCUGUCCUCUACAACAUGAAGAGCAGAACAUUGACAUGUGCCCCAACAAACAUUGCAGUCAUAGGAGUUGCGAAGCUGCUGUUGGGUCUGGUGAGGGACAGGCUCCGAUGUGAUCGUUAUGGUUUGGGGGACAUUGUUUUGUACGGUAAUAAGGAAAGUAUGAAGAUUAAAGAUCGCGUGGAGCUGCAGAAAGUGUUUCUAUCUUAUCGAGUCAAGGCUCUUUAUGAGUGUCUGGUACCUCAUAAGGGGCGGGCUGGGUGGAAAUCUGGUUUGCGCCGAAUGAUUUGUCUUCUGGAAAAUCCAGAAGUGGCUUAUAAAAUUUACUUGGAAGAGGCUAAUAGGGUCAUUGAACGGCCCGUGGAGGAAAACAAGAAGGAAAGGGGGAAAGUGAGGUCCUCUAGAAAGGGAAAAAAUUUGAGGCCUAAUGACACAGAGGAAAAGUUUAGGACUUUUGAGGAAUACGUUUUGAAGACUUACAAGGCUUUGUCGGAGCUAUUAAAGUGUUGUGUGGAAUCCUUGUACACUCAUAUGCCUACAUCCUGCAUUUGUUUGGAAGAUGUCAAGAAAAUGACUUCUGCACUUGCCCUUUUUGAUUCUCUUGAAAGAUUGUUGGAAAUUGCUGAUACCCAUGGAGGUCUUAAAGAUGGCCUAAAUGGGACUGGAUCUUCUUCCAUUGUUAAGUGGAAGAUGCAGUAUGAUUCAUUGCAGACUACGAAAUCGGAAUGUGUCUCUAUACUCAAAGAUCUUUUAAAAAACAUCAAUCUCCCGUACAGUUCUUUGGAUCUUGAUCGUCCUAUAAAGGAUCAAAUCCAAAGCUUUUGCCUGGAAAAGACAGUAUUGAUAUUCUGCACUGCCUCAAGUUCAUCCAAAUUGCACACUGAGAGCAUGCCACCAGUUCAUCUUGUGUUGAUUGAUGAAGCUGCGCAGCUUAAGGAAUGCGAGUCCACGAUCCCGUUGCAGCUUUCAGGUGCCCGCCAUGCUAUACUCAUUGGAGAUGAGAAACAGCUGCCAGCAAUGGUUCAGAGCAAGAUUUGCCAGAGAGCCGUGUUCGGGAGGAGCUUGUUUGAGAGGCUGGUUAAACUAGGGCGCACAAAGCACCUGCUUAACAUCCAAUACAGAAUGCAUCCCUCUAUAAGUUUCUUUCCCAACAAGAAGUUUUACGAGAAGAGGGUGAUGAAUGGGCCAAAUGUCACAAAGGAAAGAUACGAAAAGCGGUUUCUCAAAGGAGAAAUGUUUGGACCCUUUUCAUUCAUUGACGUAGCAGGAAGCGAAGACCGUGACAACAGAUGUAGUAGCAAAAACACAGCAGAAGUAUUUGCAGUAGCUGAGAUUGUUUCGAUGCUCUACAGAGAGUUUCAAGCUUCAAAACAAAAAGUUCGCAUUGGGUGCAUAUCUCCCUACAAGGCUCAGGUUUUUGCCAUCCAACAAAAGCUUGGGAAGAAGUACAGCACAGACGUUGACAGCCACUUCUCUGUGAAUGUGAGAUCUGUAGAUGGAUUUCAAGGUGGAGAAGAAGACGUUAUCAUCAUCUCCACAGUGCGGUCUAAUGGUAGCGGAUCAGUGGGCUUCUUGUCAAACUUUCAGCGCACUAAUGUGGCUCUCACUCGAGCAAGAUAUUGCCUUUGGGUAUUGGGCAACGGUGCGACAUUGAUCAAUAGUGGUUCUGUUUGGAGAGAUCUGGUGGUGGACUCCCAAGCCAGGGGGUGCUACUAUGAUGCCUGUGAUGACAAGAACUUGGCAAAAGCAAUUGCAGAUGCUUCUUCUAAUGAUUUAUCAAGCAAGUUUUCAUCAAUGAAACUAAACCAGAGCAACAUGCAUGGGAACACUUUCCAAAAGAAUAAGGAUUGGUUUUCUAGAGAGCAAUGAAGCUGUUAUGGAUCAAGAAGAGCCCAGCCCAACUCUUCGACGAAGCCGUAGGGUUCGGCGAGCACCACCGUGGCAACGAGAGUUUGCCAUGCAAUAAUUCUAUUAUGCAUAUUAUUAUUAUUUCCAUUUAUUUAAUGUAAUAUAGAUUUUCUUAGGUGAGCAAAAUAUAAGCUCUUUCGAGGG